AUGGUUAAUACCAUCAUAUCACUCGCUGCGCUUGCGCUUUCAGUCCUGACGACGCUCAUUGAAGCUGCUCCAGCCCCAUCGCCAGCACCAUGGGGACCACAUUUCGGCUCUGGAUUUCCUGUGUUUCCUGGGUUUCCUGGAAAUCAUGCACCAUGCACCGAGGACCGAAUCAAGAUCCGCAAGGACUUCGACUCGAUGGCACCUGAAGAGCGAAAGGCCUUUACCGACGCAAUCAAUUGUAUGAUGACCAAGCCAUCGCAACUCAACCAAACCCUGUAUCCGGCCGCCACCAAUCGUUAUAUGGACUACGCCGUCACCCACGUCAAUCUCACGCAGCAGGUGCACCUAUCGGGAUUUUUCCUGACGUGGCACAGGUACUACAUUCACCUGUUUGAGCAGGACCUGGCUGCACAAUGUGGAUACACUGGUGCAUUCCCCUAUUGGAACUGGCCUGCCACCGCGGACAACCUUCACGGCAGCGCUGUCUUUGAUGGCUCUGAAUACUCCAUGUCCGGCGACGGUGUCUACGUCGAUGAUGGUCCUGUCGUCCUCUCCCCCGUCUUCCAAGUGCCCCAUGGUUCAGGAGGAGGCUGUGUCAACAUGGGCCCAUUCGCCGGCUUGCAGACCACUAUGGCCCCAAUUGGAAUCGAGAACUUGAUCGCAGGUCUACCCCUGCCCGACACCGCCUUUCAACUCAACAAGACUUGUUUGACGCGUGAUCUCAACACUUACGUCGCCCAGAGAUACUGCAACUACACUGCUCUCUACGAGACGCUGGAGACCGACGACCUCCAGACGUUCGACCACCUGAUCAACGGCAUCAUCGGCGGCGCAGAGCUCGGCUUGCAUUCGGGCGCCCAUUUCAUCAUGGGAGCUCCGGCAUCCAGCAUCUUUGUGUCGGUCCAGGAUCCUAUCUGGUGGAUUCUCCAUAGCAUGCUCGACAACCUCUACACUUCAUGGCAGAUCCGUCAUCCGGACCUUGCCAUGGCCGUGUAUGGCACUGAAACCGCCAACAAUGCGCCACCCAGUCCGAAUGUUACGAUUGACACGCCAGAACCGGGUUGGGGCUAUUUCGAUCCGAACCGCUAUCCCAUCAGAAAUUUGAUGAACACCACUUCCGGUCCGUUCUGCUAUAAAUACGAUGUCGCCUUGUAG